CUUAUACAACUACAAUUGAUAAAUUGGUCAGUAUAGUUGAGUCGACGCCGCACACCAUGCCAACUAUCGUAACACUUUCUAUACUCACAAUCUCGCUAAAUGUGGUACUCAGUGCGAAAAUUCUCGGUCUGUUUCCUCCCCCUGUCAACAGUCACCGCAACCUCUACGUCCCUCUGGUGCAAGAACUAGUUCAAAGAGGCCACGACGUCACCGUUGUCAGUCCAUACGAAGAAAAAACCGACUCAAAAAAUGGUUCACUUAGAUCAAUCGUGCUCACGGGAUUCGUUGAAUGGAUGAGAGAUGGAAUGAAAAACAUGAGGACGUUCGAGCAAACAGACACAAAUGUUUUUCAGAAGCUUCAAACUUCGAUAGCAUUUUUGGAAAAAAUGACUGAAAUGACUCUGGAACAUAAAGAGGUGCAAAAACUGAUCCAUUCCAAAGAAACCUUCGACGUGGUGAUAAUAACGGAAGUACUCAAUCACGCACUUAAAGCUCUAGCGCCGCAUUUUAAAGCUCCGUUAGUUUCGUUUAGUACGGUUGGAGCUUGCUCUUUGUCAAACCUUUUGGUCGGGAAUCCGUCACCGCCGUCGUAUGUACCCGAUAUUUUUUCAGACUAUAGUAGCCAAAUGACGUUCUUGGAACGAUUGACGAAUAGUUUCACCCAUCUUUACACACAAGUGUGUUUCAAUUGGUACGUGUACCCCAAACACAGCAAGUUAAUGAAGAAGUAUAUACCCGGGGAGUACGACUUUGAUCAAGUUAUACACAACAUAUCGAUAGUUUUGCUCAACUCUCACCCCAGUAUCAACCAGCCGGUGCCACUCGUACCCAACAUGAUCGAAAUCGGUGGCUUUCACAUAAAACCCCCCAAACAACUACCUCAAGAUUUACAAGAGUACUUAGACAACGCUCCAAACGGGGUAAUCUAUUUCAGCAUGGGUUCAAACCUAAAAAGCGCGGAACUACCACUGGAAAAACGUGACGCUUUUCUCAAAACUUUUGCAAAAUUGAAGCAAAAGGUUAUUUGGAAGUGGGAGGAAGACGUGCUUCCGGGGAAACCAGACAACGUCAAACUGGGAAAGUGGUUACCUCAGUCGAGCAUUCUAGCCCAUCCCAACAUCCGACUGUUUAUCACCCACGGCGGUCUUCUAAGUACCACGGAAACUGUCUACCAUGGAGUACCAGUUCUAGCGAUUCCUAUCUUUGGAGACCAGAAACAGAACGCACAAAUUGCUGUUAAUCUCGGGUUUGGGUUGUCUUUGUCGUUUGAAGAUGUCAACGAGGAGGCGCUAACUCGGACGAUUGUGGAACUUUUGAACAACCCUAAGUACAAGGAGAUUGCCAAAGCACGAUCGAAGUACUUUCACGAUCGGGUUCGAAAACCGAUGGAAACGGCCAUUUAUUGGAUAGAAUACGUGAUUCGGCAUAGAGGUGCUGCACAUUUGAGGGUAGCAGGGAUUGAUUUACCGUGGUACCAAUACAUUCUUCUCGACAUUGUUGCUGUUCUCGUCUUAGGAAUUUUAUUAACGUGUUGUAUUGUGGCUUUCGUUUGUAAAAAAUUGUGUUGUAGAAAUUCGCAACGUGUAAAAAUAAAAGCCCAAUAAAGAUUUACAACACGAUGAACAACU